GUAGAUCUAAUUCUGCGCAACAGAUGGGUAGGCUUUUGUUAAACGUCACUAUAACAGCUGAUAAUAACAACAAAAUAUUAAACAAUCAUUUAUUAAAUCGUUUUAAUCGAAUUUAAUAUGAGUCAAGACAGGUAUUCUUUAAUAAAUACUUCUACAAAUUCUAAUAUAGUUGAGGAAUCCGGAUAUGGAUCUGUCGAUAACAGUGGGGACAAACCUAAAAAAUUUAAACAAUAUAUCGCAGCAUUUGCAGCCACCCUAUCAGCGUUGGCAGCGGGUACGGUACUAGCAUGGACGUCACCGAUUCUCAACGAUUUAGAAACUGGUAAAUAUCGUAAUAUUAAAUUAGAUAGUGACCAAUUAGGUUGGAUUGGAUCUUUUGUGAUGCUCGGAGGAAUGGUGAUGUGUAUACCGACAGGUUUUAUUUGCGACAUACUAGGCCGUAAAAAAACGUUAUUACUCCUAUUCAUCCCAUUUACUAUUGGUUGGUUAUUAAUUAUUUUUGCUGAAAACGUGUUGAUGUUAUAUUUCGGUAGAUUAAUAACCGGCACUGCUGCGGGGGCUUGUUGUGUAGCUGCGCCGUUGUACACCAGCGAAAUCGCUCAUAAAUCGUUAAGAGGAGCUUUGAGUAGUUACUUUCAACUCAUGGUUACUGUGGGGAUAUUUUUAGCGUACGUAGUGGGGAAAUAUUUGACCCCGGUUUAUUUUACCAUAUGGUGCGCUUCCGUACCGUUUAUUUUUAUUAUUUUUUUUGUAAUUCAACCGGAAUCGCCGGUGUAUUUGAUAAAACGAGGGAAAUACGAGGAAGCUAAACAGGUUUUGAUAAUAUUAAGGGGGAUUCAUUAUAGUAUCGAUGCUGAACUAGUAGAAAUUGAAGGUUUUUUAAAGGAGAGUACACAAACUAGUAUUUCGUUAAUUGAUACGUUUAAAAAACGUUCAAUUAUUAUAUCUUUCGUUAUUUCUUCUUCUUUGAUGUUUUUUCAACAGUUUUCCGGUAUAAAUACGAUUAUUCUUUAUACUACGGAUAUUUUUAAUGCUUCUGGUAUAAGUUUAGAUGCCAAUACGGCUUCUAUUAUUGUAGGUUUUUUUCAGGUUAUGGCAACUUUCGUUGCCUCUUUGGUAAUCGAUAAACUUGGUAGACGAAUACUUUUAUUUGUGUCGUCGUUGUUUAUUACGCUCAGUAUAUUCUUUUUGGGGGUGUAUUUUUCUCUUAAAGACCGGAGCGGAAUGGACGAGGAUGUUUUGGGGAAACUCGGGUUUUUACCUGUAAGCGCUUUGUGUGUUUUUAUAAUCGCUUAUUCGGUAGGUUUGGGGCCCAUUCCGUGGGUUAUUUCUUCGGAAAUUUUUCCUACUGAGAUUAAAAGUAUCGCUAGUUCUACGGCAGGGACUUUUAAUUGGUUCUUGGCUUUCGUACUUACCAGAUUUUAUGUGCAAAUAUGCGAUUAUAUAGGGCAAGACAGUACAUUUUAUAUUUUCGGUUUUGCUUCGAUGAUCGGUAUUUUCUUUGUUCAUAUUUUCGUUAUAGAAACAAAGGGAAAGAACGUUUCCGAGAUACAGGCUCAACUAAAUAACUAUUGAUAGCAAUAACAAUGUAUCGAUAGAAAUGGUUUGACAAUCACAACAAUGGAGUGUUAAAUCGUCUCAACUCGUCCAAAAAUUCCUCUCAGUUAUCGACGUUUUCAUUUUCCUAUAAAGAUCUGUCUGGUUCUACAAAUUUUUCCGCCAGAAAUAAAGUACCAAAUUCUAUUAUUUUUAUCUCACAACGGCAACAUCGCAUUUAAAGAUUACUGAAAUAUUUGCUUGAUAUGAAAGUACACUUUGGACUGUUUUGUCGAUAAAAUUACGAACGUUAUAACCAUCGACUUGGUGUAUUAUGUCAAUGAUUAUUAGAACGCUGUACAGAAUAUUCUACUUCUGCAGUAGCGAUAACAUAGACAUAGUAUAUGUCAAUGGUUGAUAAAUAGCCACCAUACUGUUUAUUACCCGAGAUCUGACAACAUUUAUAACCAUAGAGAUAUUACAGAUAGAGUAGGCAUGCUAUAGGCGCCCAUACAAGUGGGAGCGUCUGGCCGAUAGAAAGAGAGAGAAUAAUUUAUGUAUUGCUGUCUCUGUCUAAUGGCGCAUGCGCGUUGAUUAGAUUUCGUGUCAGAACAUGAAUUGAAACAGAAUAAGAUCUUUCUUGCAAUACUGUUGAUAAACGAAAUCUAGUGCAAUGAAAACAAUUGUAUAUUUUCCAAGUAAUAUUCAAUAAAAAUAAGUUGAGCUAAUGUACAAAUCAUUAGGCUAAGCCCCUCAGCCCACAACUUUUUGAAGUACUUCACAGUAUAUAUAUCCAUGAAUGCACGGUGGCCGAGGUGUCAAGAUCUCAGCCUUUAGAUUUUGCUUUUCUCGGUUCGAUUCCCGCAAAUGCCAAUUUUUUUUAAUGUUUUUUUUUGCUAAUAUAUUUAUAGGAAUAUUGUUUUGAGAGAAUUUUUUGGUAUUCUUUUAUAUUUUAUUUGUGGAAUUAAUUUUGCAAGGCUAAUUAAUUAUCAUUAUAACUGAAAAUUUAUUCCUAUUGUAUCAAUCAAAAUAUUUUAUUGCAUUCCAUUAAGUCAACAUUAUUUAUCAGUAGUGCACGUAAUAAUUUGAAGAAUAAAUUCAGUUUGUCAGUACUUAAACAAAAUGGAAUACUCUGAAGGACCAUAACUCAAUUACAAUUAACUAAAACACUUUAUUUAACAAUUCUUUAAUAAUAAAUUAGUACAACUACAUAAAAAGACAGUACGUAUACUAAUAUUACUUCCGGCUUUUCAAUAAAAUCUUUUUAAUUGGGUACGAUACAUUCGAUUAUAUUAUAUUUCAAAUCAUGCGCAGUACGCAACAAAAGAAAGAGAUAGAAAUACAUAAAUGAUUCUCUUUCUCUUUUCAUUCGCGAGACGCACUCACUUGUAGGCAUGCCUACUCUAUUGGUAAUAUCUCUAUGUUUAUAACCUAUGAAAUAUUUACUUUUAACUGAUUCUCAUUUUUAAACACUAUUUGAAAUUUUGGGAUUAAAAUUUCUAAAUUUAUUUUAUUUUUUAUGUAUAUUCAAGUUAAUGAAUACUAUAUUUAUUGAAAAAAGAACUUUAUAUUUGUGUAAAGUUUAUCGAAAUCUUUUCAGUAAGUAAUUUUACAUUAUAUAUAAAAAAUUAUUCAAAUUCCACAUAUAUCUUAUUUGAGAGAUUGUUAUUUAAUGAAUGUACUAAGUAAUUACAUUUAAAUGAAGUAUCUUUAAUGAUAAUUUCGAAUGUAAAUACUUUCUGUGAUUUUAUUUAAUUCUAGUUUUAAUGACCUUUAAUUCCAAUGUCUUAUUUACUUAUUGAAUUUUCUGAAAGAUAGUUCCUAAUUGUAAUUUAAAUAUUGUUUGAACACACUGUUUAUUAUCACUACACCAACACUCACUAUUAUACUGUUUAACCCGCUUUUAAGAUAACAAAACUAUUUUCAAAAAUCAUCAAUGAUCUUUGUAAUGAAUUUUUUCAUUAAAAAAUUUACACCAUUCCACAAUUAUCGAACAAAUAUUUUCUAUGUAGUAUUAAAACUAUGAUACAGUAUGUACAGUGUGGCUCAAAUAUGAUAUAUUUAUGUAAUUGAUUAAUGCUAUUUGUAUUUGUUGAUAUUUUAUCCAAAUAUAUGAAUUAUACAAAAAUGUUUACUAGUUUUUUGUAGUUUUAUUUAUA